UCUCUUCCCCCACCGCACCCCCACCCCAGAGGGUCCUGCCGGGCAAGUGGGCAGGACCGAGGGAAAGGCAAUGCCCCGCGCGCGGCCUUUGCGUCGGUCAAACGGAGAGGCCUCGGGAAGCAGCCGCUCGGGCCGGCCCCACCUUCUCCGCGAGUUCCAGCGAUUCCCCCCAAGCAGGAUGGCAGAUUCCUCCCCCGUCGUCGGCGAUUGCAGCGGGAAGGACGCGCGCCGGAGCAAAGCCUCAGCCACGCCGCAACAGCCGCGAGGAGAGCCCCCCCCCGCCGGCGUCCCGCUGAGGCCCCCGGAGGCCUCCCUGGCCCCGGCCGAGCGGCUGUGGAGCACCUGCGGCGAGGGGGCGGUGCACCUGAGGAUGGAGGAGUCGGGCCCGGCCGCCGACACGCCUCGGACGGUGCACCAAAUGUUCCUGGAGACGGUGGAGGCCUUCGGGGAGCGCCCGGCCGUGGCGCGCAAGGAGGACGGCAGCUGGCGGACGCUGACGUGGAAGGAGUACUACCGAGAGUGCCGGACGGCCGCCAAGAGCUUCAUCAAGCUGGGUCUGGAGCGCUUCCACGGGGUGGGCAUCCUGGGCUUCAACGCCCCCGAGUGGUUCAUCGCCAACGUGGGCUGCAUCCUCGCCGGUGGCCUGGCGACGGGCAUCUACACCACCAACAUACCCGAGACCUGUUUUGAAGUGGCCAGCAGCGCGCGGGCCAACAUCAUCGUGGUGGAGGACCAGGAGCAGAUGGACAAAAUCCUGCAGGUGAAAGAUAGGCUGGAGCAUCUGAAAGCCAUCGUCCUGUACAAAGGAGAACUCAAGCAGAGGCUCGCCUCCCAUUACACGUGGGCAGAAUUCAUGAGGCUGGGCGAGGAUGUGCCGGAGCAAGAACUGAACCGCUCCAUCGCCCGCCUCCGCGCCAACCAGUGCUGCAGCCUCAUCUUCACCUCGGGAGCCACCGGAACCCCCAAAGCCGUCAUGCUGAGCCACGACAACGUGACCUGGACGGCGCAGAGAGCUGGAGAGGCGGUGGACCUGCGCUACGGCGAGGAGUCGGUGGUCAGCUACUUGCCGCUCAGCCACGUGGCGGCUCAGCUCAACGACUUGUACAUCGCCAUGAGGUUCGCCGCCACCACCUACUUUGCCGAACCCGACGCCCUCAAGGGGUCCUUGGCGGCCACGUUGAAGGAGGUGAGGCCCACCUCCUUCCUGGGCGUCCCUCGCGUCUGGGAGAAGAUGCAGGAGAAAAUGCAAGCGGCGGGAGCCAAGGCGAGCCCCUUCAAGCAGAGCGUGGCCGACUGGUCAAAGGCCAUCGGGCUCAUGUACAACUACAGCGCCAUGCACAAGGAGAAGCGCGUGCCGUGGGGCUUCACGCUGGCCAACCAGCUGGUGUUCAAGAAGGUGCGAGCGGCGCUGGGCCUGGACCGCUGCCGCAUCUUGUUCACGGGCUCGGCGCCCAUCUCCAAGGAGACCCUGGAGUACUUCAUGAGCCUCAACAUGCCCCUCUUGGAGCUUUACGGCAUGAGCGAAAGCUCCGGCCCGCACACCGUCUCCACUAACGAUGACUUCCACAUCAACAGCUGCGGGAAGGUGAUGGCGGGCUGCAAGGUGAAGCUGGACAAACAGGACGAGGAGGGCAACGGGGAGAUCUGCUUCUGGGGCCGCAACGUCUUCAUGGGCUACCUCAACAUGGAGGACAAGACCAAAGAGGCCUUGGACCAGGACGGCUGGCUCCACUCCGGAGACAUCGGAAAGUUCCAGCGAAACUUCCUCUUCAUCACCGGAAGGAUUAAAGAGCUCAUCAUUACCGCCGGCGGCGAGAAUGUGGCCCCGGUCCCCAUCGAGGAGGCGGUGAAGGCGGAGGUGCCCAUCAUCAGCAACGCCAUGCUGAUCGGAGACCGCAAGAAGUUCCUCUCCAUGUUGGUCACGCUCAAAUGCGUGGCAGACCAAGACGGCAGACCCACGGACCGGCUGAGCCCCGAAGUCGUGGGCUUCUGCCGGGACCGCGGCCUGCGCGCCGCCACCGUGUCGGAGGUCGUCGCCAGCGAGGAGCCCGCCGUGUACGAGGCCAUCUGGGAGGGCGUCCGGCGAUACAACGCCAAGGCCGUCUCCAACCCGCAGAAGGUGCAGAAGUUUGUCGUCUUGCCAAGAGACUUCUCCGUCGCCGGAGGCGAGCUCGGACCAACCAUGAAACUGCGGAGGCCGAUUGUCAUCCAAAUGUACCAGGAGAAAAUCGACGAGCUGUACACCGAGCAGACGCAUCCAAAAUAAGCCACGCAGAUCGAUUCCAAGUACGGUAUCUGCUUUUAACGCGGUUUUACUUUGACGAGAAAGACUCCCGAUCGUGGCCAAAGCUUGCCAUCAUACUGCAGGUCAGUUACGUGACCGACACUUUGGGGGUGGGAAGGGGGGGGGGCCUCUUUCAUUUGGUAUCGCAAUGAACAGAAGCACAUUUACGAGUGUCAUAAAACAGGAUCGCCUCAGAAAGUGAGACAAGAAUAAAAUUAAAACGGUUGAAUCAAGUUGUACUUCUGUUGAGGGGGAAUCAAAAUUCCACGGGAGCAAAGAUGAAAUCUUGUCAAGAUAUAGUCUCAAUAUUCCAAAAAUCAAUGUGAUGACAUCGAUAUAAGAGCAGAGUGUCUUUUUUUGGGGGGGGGGGGGGUGUCAAUGUUGUCCCAUGAAAAGAUGGAAUGAAAUAUUUACACAAAUGUACUCACAUUUUAUGAGAUGUACUGUAUGUAUUCGGUGUGCACGGUAUGGGGGAAAAAAAGAUGCCAUGUGCGAUGUAGGUGUUGAAUAUAGCGAUAGUUGACAUGUACCUUAAGGAAAAAUGACUUUUUUAUAAUCGAAUGAUUUUAUGAUUUUAAUCCUUUAAAUGUUUCCUCAAUCCAGCAAAAUAAUCAAGCUCGGUGUAUCACCAAGUCCACUCCAAGCUUCCGCUUUCAGAAGAAAACGAUCGCGCAUCUUUGCCAUAUGCAGAUUGCAUUGGCCCAUACGGCCAUCGCAAUUUUUUGUUCUCUUGGCUAUAUGGCGCAUCCCUGUUCUGUAUGUUUGAAGGCCUCGCCGGUUUCGUCUUCCUUGUGAAUAAUCCACAAUGUCAUUCUUCCCGAACACACCCUGAAACGAGGAAGCCUCUUUUCGGCGGCGUGAUUCUUUGGAAACGAGGUCCGAGGUCAUUGAGACGUCGCGUCUCGGGUUGCGGGUGCGGCGUUCUUCUUGGUUGCUCCGGACUUUUAACGGAUCAGAUUGCAUCGCCGGGCGCAUUGUCGUCUUUCAGGUUUUCUUCAGAUUGCGGAUCGGCGCCAUCGCGGCAUCUCGCCCGCUCCACAGUUUUAACAGCGCGCGCUGUCAAUGAACCGUCCGCAGGGAUAGCACGCUGUCACGAUCAACAGAUGCGCAGAUAUGCGCGCGCUAGAAUAGACGCGUAUUGGCAGACCUCCGUCCUCACGAGAGAGGCUCGGAGUAACUCGAGGCUAGAAAAGAGCUUUAGAAAUGAGAGCCCCUUUGCAAAAAGAUCAACCUGUGUACGCUCUAUAUUUGCCAUCAUGAUGACAAUUAAAAGAUAAAAUGCUGACUGACUGCAAA